AUGGCAAAGAGGCAGACAGUAGAGGCACUCGAUAGAACAAUGCAAGACAUCACUGGGGUGAGACUCCCAUUUGGUGGGAAAAUAAUGAUUAUGGGAGGUGAUUUUAGACAGGUGUUGUUAGUAAUGAGACAUGGCACUGGAGCACAGAUUGUAGACUCCAGCCUACAAAUGUCACCUAUUUGGUCUUCGAUUAAAAAGUUGCGGUUAACGAUCAAUAUGAGUGCACUUACUAAUCUGUGGUUUUCGGAUUUUCUAUUACGAGUCGGCGAUGGAAAUGAAGAAUCAGUAGAUGGACACUUUAUUCGCAUACCUGAUGACAUGGCCAUUCCUUACACCAAUAAAAAUGAAUUGAAUGAUGCUUUGAUUGAUGCAAUCUUUCCUUCUCUUCAAACCUGCGAGACUGCUUCAGAUUAUAUCAUUUCAAGGGUGAUACUAACAACUAAAAAUGAGUAUGUCGACGAGAUUAAUGAUAAGUUGAUUGAAAGAUUCUGCAGAAAGGAAAAAAUUUACUAUAGUUUUGAUGAAGCAGAAGAUGAUAAGAAUAACUUAUAUCCGAUGGAAUUCUUAAACUCACUAACUGUUAGCGGUUUGCCCCCUCAUUACCUGCGGCUUAAAAUUGGAUGUCCGAUAAUACUUUUAUGGAAUAUCGACCCCUCAAAUGGAUUGUGUAACAACACGAGGUUGAUAUGUAGAGGUUUUUAG